AUGAUGAUUGAAGUAGUAAUAGAUAUGUCGAAAAGAAAGCAAUUUCUGGAAAUUUGGAACAUUAUCCAAGAUUUCGAUCAUGAAAUUAGACAAUUAGGCUUUCCUCUAUCAAACAAGAAGACCAAAUUUUGGGUCUGGGUCAUUUUAAUUGUCCAUAGUUUAUAUUGGUUGUUGAUCAACCAAACAGGGAUGUAUGCUUUCUCAGAAAGCUUUUUAAAAAAUAUUGGAUAUAUGUUCCUAUACAUUGGAACUUGCAUUUCCCUCAUAAAAUUCUCUGGAAUGGCAACAAUUAUAGGACUGAGGUUUAAACAUUUGAAUAAAAUUGUUGGGAGAUGGAGUCCUGAUAAAAGAAGACGGAUACCAGAGUCGCAGUUUAAUGCAAAGAUGGCAGUAAAACUUCAAGAUGAUCUCAUGCUGGCCAGUGAAAAACUGAACUCUUUGUGUUAUUGGUCAUUAUUACUUUGGCUUUUUAAUCUCUGCAUCCAUGCCGUUAGCGGCACAUACUUGUUUUUCCAGUUCAUGAUCCAUGAUUUAGAUCAUAUGGGAAUUUCUGUUUGUAUUUGUUUGAUUGGCUGGCUUCUGUCUUAUAACAUUCAGCUGGUGAUUUUGAGCUCUGCUUGUCAUUUUGUUUCCACGGAGAAGAUUUGUUUCAAAUAGAUUCUACGCGUUUUUUCCAAUUAUAAGUUAAAAAAUUUUAUAUUUAAAUUCAUGAAAACUAGAAAGA